UUCUGUUCCAGCUCUAGCAACGCUCUGUUCGCGUGAAUAAAUAAUUAAUUAAUUGCUGAAAAAAUGGAAUAGCUGGCGAAAACAUGCAUCCAACCAAGUGCAACAGCAGCCGUGCGCAUUACUCCGUAAUCGGGCGCUUGUGAAAACGCGUUAAACGUGAGCGCCAGGAAGUGUGUGGCUGAAAAAAGUUAUGGUUUAGCAAAAACAACAAAGCUAAAGCCCAAAAGUGCUAAUAAAAAGUACACACACACAUACACGCGCGCGAGCAAAGGUGAAAAUUAUAAAUUAAUAAAUGCGCUAUGCGAUCCAAUCCGAUCUGAUAGCAUAUCAAAUUAGCGAAAUAUGCUUGAUUCUCGUGCUGAUCGGAUCAAAACUGUGAAUUGCAACAGAAAAUAAUUUCAAGGUUUGCAGCAGGCGAAUAGAAGGCGAAAAGGAAACACAACCAAAUAACCACAAAGAAGCCGUAACAAUUACAAUACUAUAAUAGACACUAUCCCCAACAAUAAAGAAGCAAACUAACAACGAGAUGAAGUACGCAACUGGAACUGACAACGCGAUGACCUCCGGUAUCAGCGGCCAAUCCAAUAACUCUAACAGUGCAUCUAACGAGAUGCAGCCCACCACAUCCACGCCGACUGCAGUCCACAAGGAGGCCACACCCACAGCCAGGACGACGGCAAUAAACGCCAAUGGCAAUUCCAAUCUAAACACAAAUCCCAACCAAAGUCAGCCGUCCAACGCGCUGUUCUGCGAGCAGGUGACCACAGUGACAAAUCUCUUCGAGAUGUGGAACGACUGCGAGCGGACCGUCGUGAUGUACGCGCUGCUCAAGCGGCUGCGUUAUCCGAGCCUCAAGUUUCUUCAGUAUUCAAUUGACAGUAAUCUGACCCAGAACUUGGGCACCUCACAGACGAAUCUUAGCAGCGUUGUCAUUGACAUCAAUGCCAACAAUCCAGUUUACCUGCAGAAUCUGCUGAAUGCCUACAAGACGUUCCAGCCAUGCGACCUGCUAGACGCCAUGUCAUCUUCCUCAUCCGACAAAGACUCGAUGCCAUGUUACGGCAGCGAUUUCCAGAUCACCACGUCGGCACAAUGUGACGAACGGAAACUGUACGCUCGUAAGGAAGACAUUCUGCAUGAGGUGCUCAACAUGCUGCCACUGCUUAAACCGGGCAACGAGGAGGCCAAGCUCAUCUACCUGACCCUGAUCCCAGUCGCCGUAAAGGACACCAUGCAGCAGAUUGUGCCCACGGAACUAGUGCAACAGAUCUUCUCGUACCUUCUCAUCCAUCCAGCAAUCACCAGCGAGGACAGACGGUCGCUAAAUAUUUGGCUGCGUCACCUGGAGGAUCAUAUCCAGGCGGCGGCGGCGGGCCUGACUAAUCGCAGUUACUUCCUGCAGCCCUCCCCGCAACUGGUCGCUGGUGGGAGCUCUACAGGCAGUGGUAGCUGUUCCUCUUCGGCAGCCAGCUCAUCGACGGCCUCCUGUUCGUCAGUAGCCUCGUCCUCGAUGUGCCCCGCAAGCGGCAGCCGAUCCUCGCGUACCAACGACUGGCAGACGAUUGCCCCGCCCAGCAAGCAGUUGCAGAACAAAUUGGCCGGUGAUUGGCGUGGAAGCGGAGGCGGCAGCUCCAGCGGGUCGAUCAAUCCACUCUGUGAUAAUCUCAAUGGUAUUACCCUGAACGAAUUAGCUUCUAGUCAGAAUAGUCUCGGCCUGUCGCUGGAGGGUAGCUCUUCGCUGGUCAACGGUGUGGUCGCCGGAGCGGGCUCUAUGCUGGGGAUCGGUGGUGGGGACGAUCAUGACACAUCAUUCAGCAAGAAUGGCACGGAAAUACUCGACUUUGACCCGGUCACGGCUGACAUGGGCGAGGCCUGCAGUCUGGCUAGCAGCAGCCUAUGUGGACGAGCAGGUGGAAAUUCUGUAGACGAUCGAGCGCAGAAUCUCCAGCAGCAGUUGCUCCAACCGCCGCCAUAUGCCUCGAUUCUUAUGGGAAAUGUUGGAGAUCAGUUUGGAGAGAUUAACCGAUGGAGUCUGGACAGCAAGAUUGCAGCUUUAAAGACCCGACGGUCCAACAGUCUAACUACGCAAACAAUUUCCAGCUGUUCCAGCUCUUCCAAUUCAUCGGUGAUAACGGUCAACGACAACUGCUCUAAUUCCACGGAGAACCUGGCCCAGUUUGCCAACAAGCCGAGAAGCUUCUCCCUAUCAAUAGAACAUCAGCGCGGGGCCUUGAUUAACAGUGGAUCCGAUACGCGCCUGGAUGAGUUUAAACCCAAUUAUAUUAAGUUCCAUACUCGCAAUGUGGGCAUGUCCGGAAUUGGUCUGUGGUUAAAGUCUCUGCGACUGCAUAAGUACAUCGAGUUGUUUAAGAACAUGACGUAUGAGGAGAUGCUGUUAAUCACCGAGGACUUUCUGCAGAGUGUUGGUGUAACCAAAGGUGCUUCCCACAAGCUUGCCCUCUGCAUUGAUAAGCUGAAGGAGCGGGCCAACGUACUAAACAGAGUGGAACAGGAACUACUAACUGGUCAAAUGAAGCUGAGCACCGCCGUCGAGGAGCUCACCAACAUUGUACUGACGCCGAUGAAGCCUCUGGAGUCCCAUGGGCCUCCGGAAGAAAACAUUGGAUUGCGCUUCCUUAAGGUGAUCGACAUAGUGAGCAAUACAUUGCAGCAAGAUCCGUAUGCUGCCCAGGAUGAUGAGACACUGGGAGUCCUUAUGUGGAUUUUGGACCGCUCCAUUCAUAACGAGGCAUUUAUGAACCAUGCCAAUCAACUUAAGGACCUGAAGUUUAAGCUGUCUAAGCUGAAGAUCUCUAUGGUGCCGAAGAUGCAUCAUGUUAAGCCAGCCGGAGUCGGACCGAGCAAUGGCAAUAUCAACAAGCCGAGGUGGAAUGGUAAGACUCGCAAGUGCGAUCCAAAGAACGGCAGCAACGAUAGGAUUAACAAUCGCAAGAACUCCAACGACAUGCUGAACUUUUCGCUAAAUUGUCUGCAGCACCCGCUGCCCCAUCACUCGCAGCAGCCACCACCGCCUCUGCCGCAGUUUGACUACAAUGGUUACGGCAGCGGUCCAUCUCACCAGCCGCAGUAUAAGAGCUCGUCGUACCCCAGCUUUAUGGGUAAUCCGCAACAGCAGCCGCCACCGCCGCCAAGCAAGUCGCACCAUCAUGCCCAGCAGAUGCAACAAAUGCUGCAGCAGCACAAUCAUUUUCCAGCGCUGCCUCAGCAAACGCCACCACAGUCGCAUCGCCGGUCGCUGAAUAAUCUCAUUCUGGUAGCCGGGGGCCCACAGCAGCCGCAACAAUUGAUCUUCAAGCCAGGUCAGGGAGUACUGACCAACAAUGGAUCCAACGACAACAUAGUGAUGGAGCGCAAUCAGCAGCAGCAGCAGAGAAAACUGAGCGGAGGAGUGUCCAGUGCAGAGCAACAACCAAAGAAGACCAUGGCCGCGGUUGUGAUGGUUAGUAAUCAGAAUCCAAGUCAGGAGCAGCAUGAUCAGUCGCAAAUUCUGAUCAACAACAACAACAAUAGCAUGCUAAAUAAUAAUUUGAUUAAUCAGCAACAGUUGCAACUGUUGGCAGCAGCUGCUGCCGCCGUGGGCAGUGGCAGCUGUUUGUGCUCCAAUGGUGGUAGUGGUGUAACCGGUGGUGCCUGUGUCCACAAUCUUUGUCACCAAAGCAGUAAGAACAACAACAAUGCCGUUGAUCAUUGCCUGUCCCAGCCACCGCUAGUAAACUUGGGCAUGUCGCCGCAUGUCACCGAGUACAAGAUGAAUGACUUUAAGAGCCUGGAACAGCUCGAGACGUUGUGCCGCCAAAUGACUGAACAGGCAAUGAACUGAGCAAAGUUCUGAGCUGUCUAAGGGAUUCGAUUGCAAAGGCGUUAGAUUUGUGGCUGCCAGCUGUUUUUGUGUUCACUUAGCUUUGAACCAUGUUUAAAGUUUGAUUUCAUAACGAACAUAAAUGUUUUUAUAUUUAGCUUUGUAAGAUCUUAUCUAUGUUUGUGUCGCGUCAAGUUGUCCACCCUGCGUCCCUUUCACAACCCGUUUUGUAAUCGUUUUUACUUAGUAAGGCAGAUAGUUUGUUUUAAUGUUAAGUUUAAUUAAUUGUGUGCCAAGGCGCCCCUAAAUAUAUGACCAGCUGGCCAGGUUCACAGGACUAACGGCUGGCCGUUGGACUUGUUGAACCCAUGCUGUACUCCCCGUCGGAAAUCCCCAUGUCAGCUGGAAGCGGGGGCGUGGCAUCUUACUGUCAAUGUUAUUAAUGUCUAGGUUUCGUAAAUGUUGUCGCCAUUUGUGUAGUUAAACUAACAUGCCAAGCCCAAAAACAAAAACACAUCGCAAACACACAAUACAGUAACUUCUCUCU